AUGGAAGAGUUACUUUCAUCUCACCACCUGUUCAAAGAGUCUCAACCACCAGUCUCAUCAUCCCAUCCCACAGUCGAUGCAGUUGAGCAGAAUCAAUCCCGCUUUCCAUCACCCCGCACCAUUCCCCCGUUUUCCAUCACCCCGCCCCAUUCUCCCGCUUUCCAUCACCCCGCCCUUUUCUCCCGCUUUCCAUCACCCGGCCCCAUUCUCCCGCUUUCCAUCACCCCGUCCCAUUCUCCCGCUUUCCAUCACCCCGCCCCAUUCUCUCGCUUUCCAUCACCACGCCCCAUUCUCUCGCUUUCCAUCACUCUGCCCCAUUCUACCUCUAUCCAUCACCCCGCCCCAUUCUCCCUCUUUCCAUCACCCCGCCUCAUUCUCCCUCUUUCCAUCACCCCGCCCCAUUCUCCCUCUUUCCAUCACCCUGCCCCAUUCUCCCGCUUUCCAUCACCCCGCCCCAUUCUCCCGCUUUCCAUCACCCCGCCCCAUUCUCCCGCCUUCCAUCACCCCGCCCCAUUCUCCCGCUUUCCAUCACCCCGCCCCAUUCUCCCGGUUUCCAUCACCCCGCCCCAUUCUCCCGCAUUCCAUCACCCCGCCCCAUUCUCCCUCUUUCCAUCACCCCGCCCCAUUCUCCCGCUUUCUAUCACCCCGCCCCAUUUUCCCGCUUUCCAUCACCCCUUUCCAUUCUCCCGCUUUCCAUCACCCCGCCCCAUUCUCCCGCUUUCCAUCAUCCUGCCCCAUUCUCCCUCUUUCCAUCACCCCGCCCCAUUCUCCCGCUUUCCAUCACCCCGCCCCAUUCUUCCGCUUUCCAUCAUCCCGCCCCAUUCUCCCGCUUUCCAUCACCCCGCCCCAUUCUCCCGCUUUGCAUCACCCCGCCCCAUUCUCCCGCUUUCCAUCACCCCGCCCCAUUCUCCCGCUUUCCAUCACCCCGCCCCAUUCUCCCUCUUUCCAUCACCCCGCCCCAUUCUCCUGCUUUCCAUCACCCCCCCCCCCAUUCUCCCGCUUUCCAUCACCCCGCCCCAUUCUCCCUCUUUCCAUCACCCCGCCCCAUUCUCCCGCUUUCCAUCUCCCCGCCCCAUUCUCCUGCUUUCCAUCACCCCGUCCCAUUCUCCCGCCUCUUUCCAUCACCCCGCCCCAUUCUCCCACUUUCCAUCACCGCGCCCCAUUCUCCCGCUUUCCAUCACCCCGCCCCCAUUCUCCUGCUUCCCAUCACCCCGCCCCGUUCUCCCGCUUUCCAUCACCCCGCCCCAUUCUCCCGCUUUCUAUCACCCCGCCCCAUUCUCCUGCUUUCCAUCACCCCGCCCCAUUCUCCCUCUUUCCAUCACCCCGCCCCAUUCUCCCUCUUUCCAUCACCCCGCCCCAUUCUCCCUCUUUCCAUCACCCCGCCCCAUUCUCCCGCUUUCCAUCACCCCGCCCCAUUCUCCCGCUUUCCAUCACCCCGCCCCAUUCUCCCGCUUUCCAUCACCCCGCCCCAUUCUCCCGGUUUCCAUCACCCCGCCCCAUUCUCCCGCAUUCCAUCACCCCGCCCCAUUCUCACUAUUUCCAUCACCCCGCCCCAUUCUCCCGCUUUCCAUCUCCCCGCCCCAUUCUCCUGCUUUCCAUCACCCCGUCCCAUUCUCCCGCCUCUUUCCAUCACCCCGCCCCAUUCUCCCACUUUCCAUCACCGCGCCCCAUUCUCCCGCUUUCCAUCACCCCGCCCCCAUUCUCCCGCUUCCCAUCACCCCGCCCCGUUCUCCCGCUUUCCAUCACCCCGCCCCAUUCUCCCGCUUUCUAUCACCCCGCCCCAUUCUCCUGCUUUCCAUCACCCCGCCCCAUUCUCCCUCUUUCCAUCACCCUGCCCCAUUCUCCCUCUUUCCAUCACCCCGCCCCAUUCUCCCGCUUUCCAUCACCCCGCCCCAUUCUCCCGCUUUCCAUCACCCCGCCCCAUUCUCCCGCUUUCCAUCACCCCGCCCCAUUCUCCCGCUUUCCAUCACCCCGCCCCAUUCUCCCGGUUUCCAUCACCCCGCCCCAUUCUCCCGCAUUCCAUCACCGCGCCCCAUUCUCCCUAUUUCCAUCACCCCGACCCAUUCUCCCGCUUUCUAUCACCCCGCCCCAUUUUCCCGAUUUCCAUCACCCCUUUCCAUUCUCCCGCUUUCCAUCACCCCGCCCCAUUCUCCCGCUUUCCAUCAUCCCGCCCCAUUCUCCCUCUUUCCAUCACCCCGCCCCAUUCUCCCGCUUUCCAUCUCCCCGCCCCAUUCUCCUGCUUUCCAUCACCCCGUCCCAUUCUCCCGCCUCUUUCCAUCACCCCGCCCGAUUCUCCCACUUUCCAUCACCGCGCCCCAUUCUCCCGCUUUCCAUCACCCCGCCCCCAUUCUCCUGCUUCCCAUCACCCCGCCCCGUUCUCCCGCUUUCCAUCACCCCGCCCCAUUCUCCCGCUUUCUAUCACCCCGCCCCAUUCUCCUGCUUUCCAUCACCCCGCCCCAUUCUCCCUCUUUCCAUCACCCCGCCCCAUUCUCCCUCUUUCCAUCACCCCGCCCCAUUCUCCCUCUUUCCAUCACCCCGCCCCAUUCUCCCGCUUUCCAUCACCCCGCCCCAUUCUCCCGCUUUCCAUCACCCCGCCCCAUUCUCCCGCUUUCCAUCACCCCGCCCCAUUCUCCCGGUUUCCAUCACCCCGCCCCAUUCUCCCGCAUUCCAUCACCCCGCCCCAUUCUGACUAUUUCCAUCACCCCGCCCCAUUCUCCCGCUUUCCAUCUCCCCGCCCCAUUCUCCUGCUUUCCAUCACCCCGUCCCAUUCUCCCGCCUCUUUCCAUCACCCCGCCCCAUUCUCCCACUUUCCAUCACCGCGCCCCAUUCUCCCGCUUUCCAUCACCCCGCCCCCAUUCUCCCGCUUCCCAUCACCCCGCCCCGUUCUCCCGCUUUCCAUCACCCCGCCCCAUUCUCCCGCUUUCUAUCACCCCGCCCCAUUCUCCUGCUUUCCAUCACCCCGCCCCAUUCUCCCUCUUUCCAUCACCCUGCCCCAUUCUCCCUCUUUCCAUCACCCCGCCCCAUUCUCCCGCUUUCCAUCACCCCGCCCCAUUCUCCCGCUUUCCAUCACCCCGCCCCAUUCUCCCGCUUUCCAUCACCCCGCCCCAUUCUCCCGCUUUCCAUCACCCCGCCCCAUUCUCCCGGUUUCCAUCACCCCGCCCCAUUCUCCCGCAUUCCAUCACCGCGCCCCAUUCUCCCUAUUUCCAUCACCCCGACCCAUUCUCCCGCUUUCUAUCACCCCGCCCCAUUUUCCCGAUUUCCAUCACCCCUUUCCAUUCUCCCGCUUUCCAUCACCCCGCCCCAUUCUCCCGCUUUCCAUCAUCCCGCCCCAUUCUCCCUCUUUCCAUCACCCCGCCCCAUUCUCCCGCUUUCCAUCACCCCGCCCCAUUCUUCCGCUUUCCAUCAUCCCGCCCCAAUCUCCCGCUUUCCAUCACCCCGCCCCAUUCUCCCGCUUUGCAUCACCCCGCCCCAUUCUCCCGCUUUCCAUCACCCCGCCCCAUUCUCCCGCUUUCCAUCACCCCGCCCCAUUCUCCCUCUUUCCAUCACCCCGCCCCAUUCUCCUGCUUUCCAUCACCCCCCCCCCCAUUCUCCCGCUUUCCAUCACCCCGCCCCAUUCUCCCUCUUUCCAUCACCCCGCCCCAUUCUCCCGCUUUCCAUCUCCCCACCCCAUUUUCCUGCUUUCCGUCACCCCGUCCCAUUCUCCCGCCUCUUUCCAUCACCCCGCCCCAUUCUCCCACUUUCCAUCACCCCGUCCCCAUUCUCCCGCUUCCCAUCACCCCGCCCCGUUCUCCCGCUUUCCAUCACCCCGCCCCAUUUUCCCGAUUUCCAUCACCCCUUUCCAUUCUCCCGCUUUCCAUCACCCCGCCCCAUUCUCCCGCUUUCCAUCAUCCCGCCCCAUUCUCCCUCUUUCCAUCACCCCGCCCCAUUCUCCCGCUUUCCAUCACCCCGCCCCAUUCUUCCGCUUUCCAUCAUCCCGCCCCAUUCUCCCGCUUUCCAUCACCCCGCCCCAUUCUCCCGCUUUGCAUCACCCCGCCCCAUUCUCCCGCUUUCCAUCACCCCGCCCCAUUCUCCCGCUUUCCAUCACCCCGCCCCAUUCUCCCUCUUUCCAUCACCCCGCCCCAUUCUCCUGCUUUCCAUCACCCCCCCCCCAUUCUCCCGCUUUCCAUCACCCCGCCCCAUUCUCCCUCUUUCCAUCACCCCGCCCCAUUCUCCCGCUUUCCAUCUCCCCACCCCAUUUUCCCACUUUCCAUCACCCCGUCCCAUUCUCCCGCCUCUUUCCAUCACCCCGCCCCAUUCUCUAGCUUUCCAUCACCCCGCCCCCAUUCUCCCGCUUCCCAUCACCCCGCCCCGUUCUCCCGCUUUCCAUCACCCCGCCCCAUUCUCCCGCUUUCUAUCACCCUGCCCCAUUCUCCUGCUUUCCAUCACCCCGCCCCAUUCUCCCUCUUUCCAUCACUCCGCCCCAUUCUCCCUCUUUCCAUCACCCCGCCCCAUUCUCCCGCUUUCCAUCACCCCGCCCCAUUCUCCCACUUUCCAUCACCCCGCCCCAUUCUCCCGCUUUCCAUCACCCCGCCCCAUUCUCCAGCUUUCCAUCACCCCGCCCCAUUCUCACUCUUUCCAUCACCCUUCCCCAUUCUCCCUCUAUCCAUCACCCCACCCAAUUCUCCCGCUUUCCAUCACCCCGUCCCAUUCUCCGGCUUUCCCUCACCCCGCCCCAUUCUUUUGCGUUCCAUCACCCCACCCCAUCCUCCCCUCUUUCCAUCACCCCGCCUCAUUCUCUCUAUUUCUAUCACCCCGCCCCAUUCUCCCUCUUUCCAUCACCCCGCCCCAUUCUCCCGCCUUCCAUCACCCCGCCCCAUUCUCCCUCUUCAAUCACCCCGCCCCAUUCUCCCGCUUUCCAUCACCCCGCCCCGUUCUCCCGCUUUCCAUCACCCCGCCCCAUUCUCCCGCUUUCCAUCACCCCGCCCCAUUCUCCUGCUUUCCAUCACCCCGCCCCAUUCUCCCUCAUUCCAUCACCCCGCCCCAUUCUCUCGCUUUCCAUCACCCCGCCCCAGUCUCCCGCUUUUCAUCACCCCGCCCCAUUCUCCCGCUUUCCAUCACCCCGUCCCAUUCUCCCUCUUUCCAUCACCCCGCUCCAUUCUCCCGCUUUCCAUCACCCCGCCCUAUUCUCCCUCUUUCCAUCACCCCUCCAUAUUCUCCCUCUUUCCAUCACCCGCCCCAUUCUCCCGCUUUCCAUCACCCCGCCCCAUUCUCCCGCUUUCCAUCACCCCGCCCCAUUCUCCCCCUUUCCAUCACCCCGCCAUAUUCUCCCGCUUUCCAUCACCCCGCCCCAUUCUCCCUCUUUCCAUCAUCCCGCCCCGUUCUCCCGCUUACCAUCACCCCGCCCCAUUCUCCCGCUUUCCAUCACCCCGCCCCAUUCUCCCUCUUUCCAUCACCCCGCCCCAUUCUCCCUCUUUCCAUCACCCCGCCCCAUUCUCCCGAUUUCCAUCACCCCUCCCCAUUCUCCCGCUUUCCAUCACCCCGCCCCAUUCUCCCUCAUUCCAUCACCCCGCCCCAUUCUCUCGCUUUCCAUCACCCCGCCCCAUUCUCCCGCUUUUCAUCACCCCGCCCCAUUCUCCCGCUUUCCAUCACCCCGUCCCAUUCUCCCUCUUUCCAUCACCCCGCUCCAUUCUCCCGCUUUCCAUCACCCCGCCCUAUUCUCCCUCUUUCCAUCACCCCGCCCCAUUCUCCCUCUUUCCAUCACCCCGCCCCAUUCUCCCGCUUUCCAUCACCCCGCCCCAUUCUCCCGCUUUCCAUCAUCCGCCCCAUUCUCCCGCUUUCCAUCACCCCGCCCCAUUCUCCGGCUUUCCAUCACCCCGCCCCAUUCUCCCGCUUUCCAUCACCCCGCCCCAUUCUCCCCCUUUCCAUCACCCCGCCACAUUCUCCCGCUUUCCAUCACCCCGCCCCAUUCUCCCACUUUCCAUCACCCCGCCCCGUUCUCCCGCUUACCAUCAACCCGCCCCAUUCUCCCGCUUUCCAUCACCCUGCCCCAUUCUCCCGCAUUCCAUCACCCCGCCCCAUUCUCCCGCUUUCCAUAACCCCGCCCCAUUCUCCCACUUUCCAUCACUCCACCCCAUUCUCCCGCUUUCCAUCAUCCCGCCCCAUUCUCCCGCUUUCCAUCACCCCGCCCCAUUCUCCCUCCUUCCAUCACCCCGCCUCAUUCUCCCUCCUUCCAUCACCCCGCCCCGUUCUCCCGCUUUCCAUCACCCCGCCCCAUUCUCCCGCUUCCCAUCACCCCGCCCCAUUCUCCCGCUUUCCAACACCCUGCCCCAUUCUCCCGCAUUCCAUCACCCCGCCCCAUCCUCCCGCUUUCCAUAA